UUAGGUUCGAUUCCAUUGCCAAUUCGAAAGAAACAUCAAAGCUCAUACAUGGAAACUGAUUUAGAUACAAUGGAAACUCGUAAUUUAGCCGGUCAUUCUCAAACUAUAGAAACCGACGGAAACGAUAUUCCUUUGUAUGCUAAUGCCGAAGAAAUAAAUUCUCCAACAAAAGAGAAAAACGGAUUAGAAGAUCCUCAUUCAUCUCUUCAAAAUAUACCAAAUCAAGAAUAUAAUCCACAAGAUAUAAGUGAAGCAGAUGAUAGGAUGAAAAUGUUUUAUGGUAUCAUACCUAAAGAUAAACCUAGUGAAAUUAAAACUGUACGAAUUGUGAAAAGAGAAUCGGAACGUAGAAACAGAGGUCGAGAUAAGAAGAAAGUCACUUAUGAUGAUAACUCUUUAGUCUGGGUGGUAGAAGAACCAGAAAUUUUUUUAUAUGAAGAGGAAGAUGAGGUGGAAGAAGAAGUGGAAAGAUUAAAACAGACACUGCUCUUGCCAAAUUUGUAUAGUCGUCCAACAUCACUAUUUUCCUCACAGCAAGAUAUGACAAUGUCAGCACAAGAAAGGCUUUUUGGUAACUAUACAAGUAAUCAAAACUUUCAAGAGAGUAGCAUAAGUGAUGAAAAGUCUGUAUCAAAUGAUGAUCUUAGUCCUUCAAGAAGGAAUAAGAGAAGACAUUAUACUAUUUCUGGUUUUUCUUAUAAUCCACUUUUUAAGAGUGGUUUAAGAUCAUGUGAUGAUGUAGAUAUGGAAAGAUGCUUGAGGACAGCAAAUACUCCUGAUAUUGUUAGAAGUACCAUUAAAAAAUCUGAUGUUUUUGAUGAUAAAAUAAUUGAUAGAGAGCUUGGACUUCCACAAAAAAUAAACAUUCCAGAAAGAUAUAUUGAUGAUGAUCCAGAACAAUUAUCGGCCACAGAGAGACUAAAAAGAAGUUUGAAAGCCGAAACCAUCCGUCGCAUGCUAUCGGAAACAACUACUUAUGAAGAUAUUGGUGAUAAGCAAGGAGAACCAGGAGAGAUGCUAAAGAAAAGAGUAGAUGAAGAAAAGAAGAGGAGAGCUCAUUUAUUAGCAUUAAAUCAUACAUUAGCUAGAGAAGUAAUGGAAAAAAGUAAAAUUGUAGCAGUUUUGGCCACUUUGGAACAAUUGGAUCCCGAGAACAUCAAACUCCGACAGGCGGAAGAAGCAGAAGAAGAUCUAAGUCCAGUACAACCAUUGCCAAUCACUCAGCAAAGAGAAAACUACCUCACUUGAAUUCUUUUCCUCAUAAACGGGGAAGAGUCGUUCGAAACGAGUACAGAUGACGCCAAUUAGAACGACACGGUAGAAUUUUUAAUAAUAAUAAUAAUCAUAUCGGCGGUUCGUAAUCAAUUCUUUUCUAUAUCGACGUUAUUAAGCCAUAAACAUAGUUGUAAGUUUAUAAAAUGUUGAUAAUUUUUAGGUGUAAAUUUAGAGAAGUUUUUGCAAAAAAAAAAAAAAAAAGAGAGAAA